AAGAAGUUAUCGGUAUUCAGUACAUCGGUAUAGAAGGUAAUCAUUGCUAUGCUGUGUAAAUUCUAUAGCGCGGAUAGCAUAUAAACGAUUGCUUUACCUUUAAGUGCGAUAUAAAAAAACGUAUAACAACGCUCUUGGGCCGCAAGCACGAAACAAGAUGUUUAAAAGUGGUUCUAAAUAAAAAAAAAGUUGUUUUGAUUGGAUUUACAAUAUCGGACAUGUUUGCCGCAUCGAUAUUAAAUAUAUUUCCGCUGCAGGACAGUACAGGCGUACUUGUUUUCAUUGUGACAUUUCUACUGAUCUACUGGUCAACUCGGAGACAUCCUGGCAUCCCUCCAGGUCCUGGUCGCUGGCCGAUCAUCGGUAACCUGGGGUCGCUAGCGGGACCGGACAAACUCAAGGUGUUCCGCGAUCUUCGCCUUAAAUACGGCGACGUAUUUGCACUGUAUUUUGGUUCGGAACUAACCGUUAUACUGAAUGGAUACGAAGCGAUUAAAGAUGCAUUCUUAAAGCAAGGUCGCCAAUUUUCAUUUCGACCCGAGAAUGACUUCGUUAGGCGGUCAGUGAUCUCCAAUCUGAUAUUUGGCAAUGGUCCGGAGUGUAAGGCCAAGCGUGUUUGCAUUAUGAACGCUUUCCGUGAUUUAUGCUUCACUCGAAAUGGUGUCGUUUUGGAGCAAAUUGUACACGAUGAAUUAGACUUUCUUAUUGAAAUAAUUACAAAAAACGCGAAAGCAUUUUGUCCAAGGAAAACAAUGUCGAUGAGUUUUGCCAGUGUGAUCUUUAACAUUCUCCAUGGUAAACGUCCCGAACGUGGUGAAAAACGCUUUCAGUGGUAUAUGGACACGCUUGACCAAGGGUUUGAAGUCUUUCUUAGAAGUCAAGUGCGGCAUUAUUGUUUUCCAUGGUUGGACAAACUUCCGGGUGACCUUCUUCGAUUACAAUAUGCAAAGGAUGUAUCGGUAUCAGUGAGCGAGUUCUUUGAAGAAAUAUUUAAGGAGAGGGAAGCGGCUUCCCUACCAGGAUCUCGGGACUGCUUGUUAGAUUUCUUCUUGUCCGAGGACUCCCCUGUGGCACGUGACGAGAUUUGGAAAUGUCAUCAUGACCUCAUGGGGGCUGGCAGUGAAACAUCGGCUACCACCAUGAACUGGAUGAUUCUCCUUCUAGCUCUUUAUCCAGAUGUCCAGGCAAAAUUAUACGCCGAGAUCACGCGAAAGAUCGGUAAAGAGUUACCCGCGAUUAGUGACCGUUCCAAAAUUCCUUACGUGGAAGCAGUGAUACUUGAAACUUUGCGGAUUGGAAGCAUCGUGCCUUUGGGCGUGCCCCAUUUUGUUAAGGAGGACGUGUCAUUUAGAGGUUUCUUAAUACCCAAAGGCACAACUGUUAUCGCCAUUUUAUCCUCCGUGCACCACGAUCCCUCGGUGUUUUCUGAUCCAUACGCAUUCAGGCCAGAGCGUUUCCUUGACGAAUCCGGGCUCGUUUUGCAACCAUCGGAGCAAGUGAUCCCUUUUUCUAUGGGUCAGAGGUCGUGUAUAGGGGAAUCCAUAGCUCGCAUCGAGCUGUUCUUGUAUGUUACAAGGAUCGUGCAAAACGUGGAGUUUAAAUUACCUGCUGGUUGCAAAAGGCCAACAAGUAAUGGUGUGUUCGGACUGACGUACAGACCUGAGGACUAUGAUGUUGAUAUUAAGAAGAGAAAUUAGAAGGUCUACACAUAGAUGUAUGCAAAAAAUAAACUGUUGAUUUCAAUUCAAUGAAAAAGUGCCAUAUUUAGAUAUGAACCAUAUUGGAAGAAUGUCUCAUUUGCCAAUGAAAUGUAAAUUAUCCCAUUAAAUUGGUUUAUUCAUAUUUUAUACUGUUCAGGUUGUAUCAGAACGAACAAUUGAAGAGUAAAUAACAUUUUCGUGUUAGAAAGAAUCUUGUCUGACAUCUUAAUUCUACCAAUAAUUGAAAAGAACGUCUUAAUAUAUGUAUGUUUACUCAUCAUGAACAAAACAAUAAAUAUAUUGAAAGCGGG